GCUCUCUCGACCCUCUAUAACCGAUCUGCACCCGUUAGAAGAAACCGUUUAUCCAAUUUACGCGUUUUCAAUAAACAAGUCAUUUUAAUAUUUCGUCAGUCAGUGUUAAAAAGAUGAUUCACUUUAUAGUUUUCGUAUACUGUAAAAGUAGAGGCGAGCGCAAAGACGCACGUAGCCUACUUGGAUAGAUGGUUUGAUCGUUGUUGUGCGUUUGCUUGAGAGGAUUGCUGACUGACCAAGAAGGGUUGCAAGUGACAAGGGGGAUGCAUCACUCCUCCAGCCUCCUCAGGCACUAGCCUGAUCUGAACCAGCCGAACUAGGAGACCAAGAGAGAGAGAAAGAGAGAGAGAGAACGAGAUAGAUAGAUAGAGAGACAAGGGGUGAUUAACACACAAAUCACUACGCAACCUGGUGUUUGUGGCUGUUGGCACCACUUCAUGAACACUGCUGACAUCAACAGGAAGUAGAUGGUGAGGCGACAGAACGAUAGGCAAAUGGAAAACCAGAUAGCGAUCCACAGACAGAGACAGGGAGAGAGACCGAGAGGACGAGAAGCGAGUAUGUGAGCGCGUAGCCGGAUGAAGUUUCGCACGGGCGAGUGGAGCAAUGCUUGCGGAGAGUGAAAGUCUCCUACCCAUCUCCUGCCGGUCUCACCCCGCGGCUGCCUCUCCCCGCGCCCUGCUAUGUUGCCGGCCGAGUCUCUGGUGUACAUGGGCCUGGAGAUGAUCAUCGCCGUCCUCGCCGUGGUCGGCAACGUGCUGGUCUGCUGGGCCGUCUGCCUCAACAGCACGCUGCAGAGCAUCACCAACUUCUUCGUGGUGUCGCUGGCGGUGGCGGACAUCGCCGUGGGCCUCCUCGCCAUCCCCUUCGCCAUAGCCAUCAGCACGGGCUUCUGCGCCAACUUCCACGGGUGCCUGUUCAUCGCCUGCUUUGUGCUGGUGCUCACCCAGAGCUCCAUCUUCAGCCUGCUGGCCAUCGCCGUCGACCGCUACAUCGCCAUCAAGAGCCCGCUCAGGUACAACAGCUUGGUGACGGGCAAGAGGGCGAAGGGUAUCAUCGCCGUGUGUUGGAUCCUCUCCGCAGGCAUCGGCCUCACGCCCAUGAUGGGCUGGAACAUGGGCCUGAACGCCACCAACAGCAGCGGGCCGUGCCCGGAGAGCCUGACGGAGUGCCUGUUUGAGGGCGUGGUCACCUUGCAGUACAUGGUCUACUUUAACUUCUUCGGCUGUGUGGUGGUGCCCCUCGUGGCCAUGCUGGGCAUCUACGCCAGCAUCUUCAUGGCCGCUCGACGCCAGCUCAGGCUCAUGGAGCUCAAGGUGGUGCACGGCCACGCGCACGGGGGGGGCACGGCGCCGGCCGGCUCAUCGGCAUCCCGGUCCACCCUGCAGAAGGAGGUGCACGCCGCCAAGUCCCUGGCCAUCAUCGUGGGGCUGUUCGCCUUCUGCUGGCUGCCUGUCCACCUCGUCAACUGCUUCAACUUGCUGUGCCAGGAGUGUGGACGGCUGCACAUAUGGCUGAUGAACAUUGCCAUCCUCCUCUCCCAUGCCAACUCGGUGGUCAACCCCUUCAUCUACGCCUACCGCAUACGCGAGUUCCGGCUGACCUUCCGGAGGAUUCUACAACAGCAUGUGUUGAGGCAGAGGGAUGGGCACGGCUGGGCGGACGGCAGGGGCGUUGGGGGCAGCAGCACCAUGCAGACGUCCAGCCAUCUUAGCAUGGUGGAUGGCUCCAGCAUGACGGUGGUGAACAGCUAUGCUCUGGACCCCCCCAGCACUAACCACACUCCCAAACACAGCCCCUCUACGACCCAGGAGGCCCACAGGGUUGGGAGAGACGUCUCCUCCAUCCCCUGUCCUUGGACACCGCCGCCCCACUCAGACCCUGCACCAAUCAGUGUCAUCAGCAAUGGACACCAUAAAUUGGAGAACUCCAUAUCGGAAAUAGGCCCGACUGGCAUUUUGGGACAUGUAGUCCAAGGUGGGACUGAGGCUGCAUACUGUGGGGGAACUACAACUCUACUGAUGGAGGUGAAGGAUGGGGGACACAUUCUCUUUGUUAAUCCAAGACCCUUGUCCCCCACACAGACCAGCCCAACACGCUCCGUUGAGCUGACUGAAGUGGCAUGACAGCUGUUUGUAUUUUCUACAUUAUGAUCUCAAGGUUAUUAGAUCACAUGACCUGACAGGAAUCCUCAUGUGGACGAGUCACAUGUCAUGAAUUAAGAGAUGGAGAAGAAGAGAGUUACCAAAGAUAAUGUGUCAAUAGCUUUUUAAUCUGAAGAGGGGGAAGAAACUGGUGUCUGGAAAACAGGGGCGGCGCCAGACAAUUUUUAAUACAGGUGCUGAGGGGGUGCUAGAUCAUUGACAGGGGGAGCUGCGCAAUUAUAUAUAUAUUAUAUAUAAAUACUAUUAAUACAUGAGCCAAACUUGGCCACUCGUGAUGCUAAUUUGAAUGGAACUACAGUUGUGCUACCUGUCGCCUCUGCAUCUGCGGCACACGCAUCAGCGGACUGCUCUGUGUCAGACAAUUAACAUCCGAUUCUCCGAUCGGAUUUUCCAGAAAUUAUUUUUGGGGGUGCUAUCGGGGCGCUUUUGUCUUUCUUGGGGGAGCUGAAGCACCUGCUAGCCCCUCCCUAGCGCCGCCCAUUCUGGAAAAGCUGCGAUAAACUGUUACAGGAAUUUGACCUGUUUCUGCAUGAACUAGAACUUUUCUGAUUUCUCUUGAUGGAUUGUACUAGAUUCCAGUUGACACCUUGUUUAGGUUGUUGACAUGGAAACAUGUUUUUACACAAUUUAUCUUUCCACAAAAAAUGAUGUUCUGUACUAAUUUCACAUUGCCAUCUUGUACCACUGUAUGUUGUAUAAGACCAUGACCAAAUACAUGACUGUACUGUAUGAUUCCACACAUUUCGGCAUGAGUUUAAAUAAUAUUUUUUUGCACCCAAAACAGCUCUAGUCAUGGUGCAGAGAGAGCUUCUCAAAUACUUUGUUAGCUUGUAAGAAACAAGUAGACAGUUAAACAACAGUUAUUAUUCCAGUAAAAGAACAUGAUCAUGGUCAGUGAAUGUCUGUCUUCUCCUUGGUGGUAAACCAUGUAACCAUAUUUAAGCCAUGAAAAUCAUUGGUCCUACUAAGUGAAUGCAACUGCAUUGUGAAUGUGACCAAAGCUCACAGUUGCAAUACACAUUUUUAAGUCAUUGUCAGAUGUAUCAGAUCAACCAGUCAAGUAUAUUGUCAAAUUAUGGUGUAUGUACUGUAC